CUCUCUCUCUCUCUGCGUCUCACUGGAAGAAUCAAGGAAGGUUCAGUCAUUCGCCAGGGCUAGCACUGAGCAUUACGCUAGCUCUGGGUGCUGUAGGAGUUUGUUUAUCCUUGUGACAACAUCCCAGCUUGCACAAUGAGGCUAAAGAUCGGGUUUAUCCUCCGGAGUUUAUUAGUAAUCGGCACAUUUUUGGGGCUGGUGUUGCUCUGGUCGUCUCUUUCUCCCAAACCGGACGAUGAACCUCCUUUCGGCAAAGUCGAAGUAAGAGAAGUCCCGAAUCCUCAGAAUGACGUCGGGGAUCAGUUUAAAGCCGUGGUGCCGUGGCCUCACGUGGAAGGGGUGGAGGUGGACCUGGAGGCCAUCAGGCAGAGGAAAGGAGAAGACAAGCCCAACCCCAAGUUCAGAGUUCAGGACCAGCAGAACAUCAUUCAGAAGCAGUACGUCACAUUUAAACCCCACACUAAUAUCUUCUCAGACCCAGUUCUGCGUAGAGGAAGCCUGGGCAACUUUGAGCCCAAAGAACCAGAACCUCCAGGGGUCCCCGGAGGGCCGGGAGAGGGCAGCAAACCGUUCGUCCUGGGAGCUGAGUAUGCAGACUCUGUGCAGGCCAGCAUUAAGGAGUUCGGGUUCAACAUGGUGGCCAGCGACAUGAUCUCACUGGACAGGAGCAUCGGGGACUUGCGGCAUGAAGAGUGUAAGUACUGGCACUACGAUGAGAACCUGUUGACGUCGAGUGUGGUGAUCGUGUUCCAUAACGAGGGCUGGUCCACUCUAAUGAGAACCGUACACAGCGUCAUCAAGAGGACGCCUCCCAAAUACCUCGCCGAGAUCGUCAUGAUCGACGACUUCAGCAACAAAGCUCACCUUAAGGAGAGGUUAGAGGAAUACAUUAAGCAGUGGAACGGUCUGGUGAAGCUGUUCCGCAAUGAAAAGAGAGAAGGACUGAUCCAGGCCAGGAGUAUAGGAGCACGCAAAGCCUCUCUGGGACAGGUUUUGAUCUACCUUGAUGCUCAUUGUGAAGUGGGGAUAAAUUGGUAUGCUCCACUUGUGGCCCCCAUAUCCAAAGACCGAACAGUUUGCACAGUGCCUCUGAUAGAUUACAUAGACGGCAAUGAUUAUACGAUAGAGCCUCAGCAGGGAGGGGACGAGGACGGCCUGGCGCGAGGAGCCUGGGACUGGAGUCUGCUGUGGAAAAGAGUUCCGCUCGGCAGCAACGAGAAGAAGAAGAGAAAGCAAAAGACCGAGCCUUAUCGGUCUCCUGCGAUGGCUGGUGGGCUCUUUGCUAUCGAACGAGAUUUCUUCUUCGAGCUGGGCCUCUAUGAUCCCGGUCUACAGAUUUGGGGUGGAGAGAAUUUCGAGAUAUCGUACAAGAUCUGGCAGUGUGGAGGACAGCUGCUGUUUACUCCCUGCUCUCGUGUGGGACACAUCUACCGUUUACACGGAUGGGCCGGAAACCCGCCCCCUGCUCAUGUCGGCUCCUCCCCCACGCUGAAGAACUACGUGCGGGUGGUGGAGGUGUGGUGGGACGAAUAUAAGGAUUAUUUCUACGCCAGCCGACCCGAGACGCUCACCCUGGCUUACGGAGACAUCAGCCCUCUGAAGAAGUUCAGGGAAGAGCAUCGCUGCAAGAGCUUUAAGUGGUUCAUGGAGGAGAUCGCCUACGACAUCCCCACCUAUUACCCACUGCCUCCCAAAAACGUGGAGUGGGGUGAGAUCCGUGGACUUGAAACGAGUUACUGCAUCGACAGCAUGGGACACACCAACGGAGGGAGUGUGGAGAUCGGACCGUGCCACAGGAUGGGGGGGAAUCAGCUGUUCCGAAUAAACGAAGCGAAUCAGCUGAUGCAGUACGACCAGUGCCUGACCAAGGGCUCGGAGACCUCCGUCAUCAUCACACACUGCAACCUGAAGGAGUACACAGAGUGGAGGUACUUUAAGGAUCUGCACCGCUUCACACACACACCCACAGGAAAAUGCUUAGACCGCUCGGACGUCUUGCACACGGUCUUCAUCUCUGAAUGCGACCACAGCAAGAGCACUCAGAAAUGGGAAAUGAACAAUAUCGUGGCCGUGUGAAGACGAGGGCGUUGGAUCUCACCGAGCUUCUCCUGCACCAGGGGUUAAAGGUGUAAAAAACAGCUGACGGAAAAACUUUCAGAUUUUUGUCAUCUACAGUAAUGAGGCCAUGUUCUGAUAUUGCCAUCUUUAUUUUUAUAUGUAGAUAUUUGACUUUAUGGUGGAUGAUGUUUACAGGUGUUCAGUCAUCUGCGUUUCAUGAAGACACACACACACAUGAUGACUAGUGACCUAACACCGCUGUUUUUAAUUCUUCAUUCAGAUCUAGCGAGAAUAUUGUUUAACCUGACACUGGGCAUUUUUUUUAUUUAUUUUUUCUUCCAGAGAACUCCAGUUUUAUGAGAAAUUUAAUAUUCUGCUUUUUGGCACAACUUUAAAUCAGAUUUGGGUUUUCAUUUUAAGGGGUAAAUUAUAGAUAUAUACACAAAGGGCUUACAAGGCAGAGGGUAAUCAUGAGAAUAAUCGGAUAUAUUUAUUUAUUAUUUUUAAAUAUUGCUUCGAUGUCUGCUUGGAAAUAGAUCUGUUCAAUAAUAAUAAUAAUAAUAAUGUAAGUGAAUUCUUUUGCUUUAAAUUUAAGAAAAUCACUGGAUAAGCACUGUUGGUGAAAGGCAUGAGAGAAAAAAUACACCAUGUAUGCUAUUUUUUGUACAAUGUAAAUACGAGCAUUUCUAAGUUAACAUUUUGAGAUGCAGUGGACCUCGGAAUGAAGGUGUAAAUAUCUAACUUGUAAAAUGAUCAGCACUGUUUUCUCAAGAGAAUAAAUUGAACCUUUUUAAUCA